AUGCAGCGAGGCUCCCGUUUGAAGAGAGAACUUGACAUGUUGACCAACGAACCACCACCGGGGAUUACAUGCUGGCAGAUCGAGGAACACAUUGACGACUUGCAGGCUCAAAUAGUUGGUGGUACAGGAACUCCAUAUGAAGGCGGCGUCUUUUCCCUGGAGAUCAAAAUUCCUGAAAGAUAUCCUUUUGAGCCACCGAAAAUUCGAUUCUUGACUCCCAUUUACCACCCAAACGUUGACACUGCUGGACGUAUCUGUUAUGAGGCUCUCAAACUCCCUCCAAAGGGAGCCUGGAGGCCCUCCUUGAAUCUCCCAACACUUCUCACUUCCAUCCAAUUUCUGAUGGCUGAACCAAAUCCGGAUGAUCCUCUAAUGGCUGAUAUAGCAUCAGAGUUCAGAUACAACAAGCAGCUGUUUACACAGAAGGCCAGGAAAUGGACCGAGGAACAUGCUGUUCAGAAGAUGAAGGGAUUCUUGGAGACCAGCAACAAAGACAAUUUGCGAAAUCAGAACGUACCGUCACGCAAGAGAGCAUUGCCUGAUGCUGUGCAGGACCAAAAUGAGUUGGCAAAAAAAACUGCUUUAUAG